AUGCUCCUCCGUCGGAGAUCUAGGAAAGGCCAAAGUGGAAACGGCACCGCGGAGGAGAUGAGAGUGACUACGCCGAUUUCUGUCGAUCAGGCGCCUACCAUUCCCACAGCAGUCAGAACACCUGUGAACCCAUCAAAUAUACAAAAGUCUACUAGAGGCAGCGCAUCUCGGCAAUUGGGAGCAUCGCCUGUUACAGCAUCGCCGGCAACAACUUCAUCGAUUACAGCAUCACCACCAGUCACGGAUUCACCUAUCACGCCUUUUGUUGAAGCUCAGACCCCAGAGGCGCUCUCAAAAGCGAGGAAAGAACAUAAACAGGCGCUGAGAAUGAAGUUAAAAGCUACAAGAGAAAAGGUUGAGGGAAUACGGCGAGAGAACGGUGUUCUGGAAGGGCUUCUCAUAGCAGACCGCACUGACGGGACGAGAGGCUAA